CCGGAGCAGCCCUACGUGAAGCGACGGACUGUUCUAUGACUGCAAAGAUGGAAACGACCUUCUACGACGAUGCGCUCAACGCCUCGUUCCUGCAGUCCGAGAGCGGCGCCUACGGCUACAGCAACCCCAAGGUCCUCAAGCAGAGCAUGACCCUGAACCUGGCCGACCCGGUGGGCAGCCUGAAGCCGCACCUCCGGGCCAAGAACUCGGACCUGCUCACCUCGCCCGACGUGGGGCUGCUCAAGUUGGCGUCGCCCGAGCUGGAGCGCCUGAUAAUCCAGUCCAGCAACGGGCACAUCACCACCACGCCGACUCCCACCCAGUUCCUGUGCCCCAAGAAUGUGACCGACGAGCAGGAGGGCUUCGCCGAGGGCUUCGUGCGCGCCCUGGCCGAACUGCACAGCCAGAACACGCUGCCCAGCGUCACGUCGGCGGCGCCGCCGGUCAGCGGGGCGGGCAUGGUGGCUCCCGCGGUGGCCUCGGCGGCGGGCGGCGGCGGCGGCGGCGGCUUCAGCGCCAGCCUGCACAGCGAGCCGCCCGUCUACGCCAACCUCAGCAACUUCAGCCCGGGCGCGCUGGGCGGCGGCGGGGCGCCCUCCUACGGCGCGGCCGGCCUGGCGUUCCCCGCGCAGCCCCAGCCGCCGCCGCCGCCGCAGCCGCACCACCUGCCGCAGCAGAUCCCCGUGCAGCACCCGCGGCUGCAGGCCCUGAAGGAGGAGCCGCAGACGGUGCCCGAGAUGCCCGGGGAGACGCCGCCCCUGUCCCCCAUCGACAUGGAGUCCCAAGAGCGGAUCAAGGCGGAGAGAAAGCGCAUGAGGAACCGCAUCGCUGCCUCCAAGUGCCGGAAAAGGAAGCUGGAGAGGAUCGCCCGGCUGGAGGAAAAAGUGAAAACCUUGAAAGCGCAGAACUCGGAGCUGGCGUCCACGGCCAACAUGCUCAGGGAACAGGUGGCACAGCUUAAACAGAAAGUCAUGAACCACGUUAACAGUGGGUGCCAGCUCAUGCUAACCCAGCAGUUGCAAACGUUUUGAGGAGAGACUGUUGGGGGCUGAGGGGCAACGGAGAGAAAAAAUAACACGGAGAGACAGACUUGAGAACUUGACAAGUUGCGAGAGAGAAAAAAAAGUGUCCGAGGACUAAAGCCAAGGGUAUCCGAGCUGGGCUGGGUUGCGUCCUGACGGCGCCCCCAGUGUGCACGAGUGGGAAGGACUCGGCCGCCCGCCUUCGGCAUGGAGCCAGGGGGCGGCCGCCGGCGGGCCACCCCGCUUUGCGGACGGGCUGUCCCCGCGCGGACAGACGGCAGACUUCUCUUUAACGUUGACCAAGAACUGCAUGGACCUAACAUUCGAUCUCAUUCAGUAUUAAAGGGGGGAGGGGGGCGCAACUGCAGUAGAGACUGUAGACGGCUUCUGUAGUACUCUUGAAGAGCACGGGGCUGGGGGGCGGCGGGAGGGAGGUUCGUGAGAGCGAGGCUGAGGCCGCACAUGAACUCUUGCCGGCCCGCCUUCUUUAACUGUGUAUGUACAUAUGUAUUUUUUUUAAUUUGAUGAAAGCUGAUUACUGUCAAUAAACAGCUUCAUGCCUUUGUAAGUUAUUUCAUGUUUGUUUGUUUGGGUAUCCUGCCCAGUGCUGUUUGUAAAUAAGAGAUUUGAAGCACUCUGAGUUUACCAUUUGUAAUAAAGUAUAUAAUUUUUUUAUGUUUUGUUUCUGAAAAUUCCAGAAAGGAUAUUUAAGAAAAUACAAUAAAAUAUUGAAAAAGUA